UUAGUUUCAACAAAAUAAAAAUGGCAACAAGAACCAAAGUUUGUAUUUCUCUAAUGUUAUUUGCAGUGGCAUUUAUCAAUGCAAUAGAUGAAUGUUCAGAUUUUACAAUCAAUGAAUAGAAGACAUACAAGAUGCCUUCACACGAAACUCACUCACUUCAAGACAGCUCGUUGACUUUUACUUACACAGAAUCAAUGUCCUCAAUCCAAUACUUGGUGCUGUAUUGGAACUCAAUCCUGACUCACGAGAUCAAGCUGACAAGGCUGAUUGUGAGAGACGAGAAGAUCGUGACCGUUCAAUGCUUCAUGGGAUACCUGUUUUGAUCAAAGACAGUAUUGCCACUUUUGAUAAACUAAAUACAACAGCAGGUUCUUAUGCAUUGUUGGGAUCGAAGGUUCCACGUGAUGCGCACGUGGUUUCGAAGCUAAGGGAUGCUGGUGCUAUCAUUCUGGGGAAAACUAGUCUUCCAGAGUGGUAUGGGAUUCGUUCUUCAAAAAUGCUAGGACAAGCUUGGUGCCCUAGAGGUGGAUUUGGCUUGUGAAGGAAGGGAGUAUGUAAUAAAAAGAACAAUACUAAAGACGAAUCGGUGGCGGAGAUGUUUUCUAUUGGUUUGAUGUGGAUGGUGGUGGGUGGUCUUGGAGGAGGAAUCUUUACCAAUGGGCAAGUGAGUCAGUUGAGUAGUGUUGCUCUUUGUUGGACAACUUUUUUACACGAAAAUGUAGCAGAGAGGUGGGUGUGGAGCUCUGAUAUCAGUGAUGAUUAUUCGGUUAAAGGAGCAUACAGCAACAAUUUACUUUCAGAGGAUCGUAAUUUACCUCUUACUGAUAGUGUGAAACUUUAUCUUGGUGGUGGUUGAGACAUCAAGUUAAAGGUUUUAAUUAUGGUUUAAUCCAAUGGUGGGAUAAUCCUACCAAAUUCCUUGGAAGUGUAGCUGGGAAUUGAUUUUGCCGGUGCUGCGGCUAUUUCACAUUCUUCACAGUAUUGGUUCUGGUGUGGUGGGUGAUAGAUGGUUACUCUGUAUUUGGCACGUUGGAGGUAGGGAAGUGGUGUUAGUGUUCUGAGCUUUAUAGCCGAAUAGAAAUUUGGUUGAGUAACUGGAUUCUAUGUUCUUGGGGUAAUAUUGGCAUACUCAAGCUGAUGAGAUUGGAAUUAGCACAUGUUAACAAUCUAUUUCAAUGUCUACUGGUUUUGGUUUUCAUAUUGGUUGGAAUGUGAUGAAUAUUUCAAGAUUGUUUUUGCUUGCCUGGUGCUGGUACUAAUUUUAUUCAACAUUGCAAAAACUAGUGUGCUGUAAGAUAUUAAUUUGUCAGUCUAGAAAUUUUUGUUUAGCAUCUGUUGUGGUUGCUGUCAUUUGAUCGGUUCAGUACCUAUUGUGAUCAGUUGUCGUUGUGCUUUCUCUGCAGCAUUUGCAUAUUAACACCAGAUUAAUGUACAUCGUUCAUUUGUUGGUUGAGUAGGCGUACUGUGUGUGUUCAGCUGUGUUUUUUGGUCACAAUUUUGGUUUUAAGGUUUCAAAGAGUUGUGAUAGAAUCUGGUUGGUGGAUUAUUUUUGUGGAUUUGGCUCGAUUGGUGUCAAUGAGGUGAUGUUAUUUUUGCUCUAAAUGGAAAACCAAUGCAGCAUCUUUUGAAAUGGUGAAAGCAAUUAGAGGAAAGUGGAGUGGUUGCAUUGUUAAGCUGCAUUCUGGCGUGCUAAGUCCCAUCAGCUUGUUAGCUUGUUCUUUUCAAUACAUAUUUAAUUUCUUAGUUUGUUUUGGAGUGAUUGCAUCAGUAAGCUUCGUUCUGGCAUGCUAAGUCCCAGAAUGGUAUCGGAUUCAUUAUACCACUAUGCUAGGAAAAGCUUGGUGCCCCAGAGGUGGACGGGCCUUGGUUACUAUAACCCUUAUGUGGAAUCCGAAAGUCCAUGCACGUCUAGCUUUGGAUAAGCCAUUUCAGUGGCAACUAACAUGGUUGCAGUUUCUUUGGGGACAGAAACUCAUGGCUCCAUUAUCUGUCCAGCUGAUCACAACUCAGUAGUGGGGAUCAAGCCAACUGUUGGACUCACUAGCAGGGCUGGCGUCAUACCGAUUUCACCUCGUCAAGAUACUAUUGGACCAAUAUGCAGGACAGUUUCAGAUGCAGUUCAUGUGCUUGAUGUAAUUGUUGGAUUUGACCCAAGAGAUUAUGAAGCUACAAAAUCAGCAGCUAAGUUUAUACCUUCAGGUGGUUAUAAGCAAUUCCUCAAUAAACAAGGGCUCAAUGGAAAGAAAAUAGGUGUUUUGAGGAAUCCAUUUUUGAUUCCCUAUAAAGGAUCCAAUGUCACUUCCAUCUUUGAGGACCAUCUCAAUGUGUUGAGACAAAGAGGUGCAACAGUGGUGGACAAUUUGGAAGUGGAAAAUUUAAGCAUCCUUAUGGACCCUUCUCAAAGUGGUGAAAUGGCAACCUUACUUUUAGAAUUCAAGUUGUCCAUCAACAAAUUUCUGCAGGAGCUCAUUUAUUCUCCCGUGAGGUCUCUAGCUGAGAUUAUAGAAUUUAACAUCAACAACCCUAAUUUAGAAAAGACUAAUGAGUAUGGGCAAGAUUUCUUUAUGGCAUCAGAAAUGACCAGUGGCUUUGGCGAAAGUGAAAUCGAGGCAGUGAAGAAGAUGGAGCAAUUGUCAAAAAAUGGGGUUGAGAGGCUGAUUAAGAAGAAUCAAUUGGAUGCAGUGUUGGCCAUAGGUUCUGAUGCUACUUCAAUGCUGUCAAUUGGAGGGUAUCCUGCAAUCACUGUACCAGCAGGGUAUGAUAGGCAAGGAAUGCCAUUUGGGAUCUGUUUUGGAGGGUUAAAGGGAACUGAGCCAAAACUGAUUGAGAUUGCUUAUGACUUUAAGGAUAACAUUAAGACCUGACUUGACUAAAUUUGAUCAAUACAAGUAGAAUAUCACAUAUAUAAUUAUGGUUGAUGUAUAUCUUUUACCUUAUAUUUUGCCAUCAUAGUAUUGAUCUGAUUAUGACAGACUAUAAUAAAAAACAGUUUUUGAAUUGAUUCCUGAA